UUUUGGUUGAAAUUUCGUCAAAAUAACUAAUUUAGAUAUACACCUAAAUUCUUCAUAGCCCUUAAGACAUAUAUCAAUUAAGGAGGAAAGAGACCGCCAUUCAUAGAGAGUAAUUCUGCAUUCUUAUCCUCAUAUUUACCAGGGAUAGAAAAGCAUGGCUUCCUUUCCACCUCCGUCCAGAAAAAGACGUCGCGAACCCGUUAACGUGGACGUUAAGCUGGUAGAAAUCUACGAAGACCUAGCCAACGAGAAUGACGAGAUUAGAUUAAAAGCUGCUCAGCGGCUUGUGUCUCGAUUUACUCCCGAUCAGAAACCUACAGAUGAGCAAAUCGAAAAGACACUGCAACGCUUAUUUCGUGGACUCUGCAGCGGCCGAAAGGCCGCUAGAAUCGGGUUCUCAAUUGCUUUGACGGAAACACUUUCUCAACUUUUCUCGUCUCGUAGAGAUCUGCCAUCUUCGAGUUUGGAUAUCUCAAGAGCGAUUGAGAUUUGGGAAGCGCAGUCAAAUCCUGGAGGUUCCGCAUCAGGCCAGGAGGAGAGAGAUCACCAUUUUGGACGACUUUUUGGAGCGGAAGCUCUUAUUAAAUCUUCAGUGCUCUUUCAGUCCCAGGUGCCGUUCGAAGAAUGGAUUAAGAUCCUCAAUACCUUAUUUGACCUAGCCAAGAAGAAACCAUGGCUUCGUGAAGAGUGCGGAUGGAUAGUCUUCUGUUCUUUACGAGAAAUUCAGACUCACAAAUUUGAUGUUAAAUAUGCUGAGGCGGCAUUGGAUUCGCUCUGUCAGAAUGGCCUUGCUAAAACCCCGGAAGGUGUCGCCAUAUGGAUUGCGGCGAAAGAUCUUUUUGCAACAAUGAAAUUCCCUGAGGAUGUAUGGCAGCAUGGUAGUCCACUACACGUACGGGAAAAGGCUUCCCUUGCGAAAAUAAUGAAAGAAACGUCCGAAUCACAAUCUGAACCUGGGAGGGAGAAUGGUAAAGCACAGAAUUCGGGAGUCUGGAAUCCAAAAUUGCAUUUUGCGUGGGAAAUUGUCUUGCAAAAGCUCUCUACACAACCACCCGGACAGAACGGAUCGUCAAAGACCAAGGAUUCAAAAGCCACUCAGGCUAGUUUCACUGAUAUUUGGACUGAGGUUGUUGAUAAAGGAUUAUUUGCGGCUGCGUCCUCCGAGGAACGUAAAUACUGGGGUUUCCUUCUUUUUAUAAAGAGCAUGAACGAGGCUCCUCCACAUCUCGCUGAGACAGUCUUCACCAAAAACCUCAUGCGGUGUUUCAUGAAUCAGCUAGCUGUUGAAGAUCGGUAUCUUCACCGGAUAGCUGCCAAAGCACUGAAAUCCGUCCAGGCGCGUGUAGCGAGAGAGCCGGAGUUUAUUGUGGCCGCUAUUAACGGACUAAUGGGCCCGACUGGUGCGGUAAACUUUGACCACAUUACGAAGACCAAGACUGUUGAAAAGAUGAUUUCUGCGGUCAGUGCGGAUACUUUGAAGGAGAUUAUCCCGUUAUUUGAAAGUAUGAUUGCGAGACCCGGCAUGGAAGAUGUAAAAGCUGCCGCGUCGACUCGCCAACAACUCACAGCAUAUUUACUCUCGGUUGUGAGGACACAAGCGGCUGCCAUUAACGCCACUGUUUCGGACGAGCUACAGUCGUCAAUCGAGAGUGUUUUGCUCCUCUUGGCUCGCUUUGCUUAUUUUAUAUCUAACGAAAACGCCAAAAGCAAACAAACGCCAGCAGAACCUCCUGUCAUGGAAGCCACCCAGGAAUUGUUUCGUAAUAGACUGAUGUCAUGUCUGAAUAUCGUCAUCAGUGGCCGGAAAAGCCCAGCUGCCAUCCCUUACGCCGUGGUUCGCAAGAUCCAUGAAAUGGAUGUGGAUGGGGACUGGGGCAAAUUUGUCAUUGAAAUGGGUGAAGACAUUAAGGGAUCUGUUGCGGCGGCUUUCAAAACGUUAAAGAAGCUUACUUCUAAGGAAAAACGCGCCGAGAAAAAGGAAGGAUCUAGUAUCCAGGCUUUCAAACUCCUGUACUCGAUGACGAUAUUGCAGGUGUAUAAUGGGGAUGCCGACGCUGUUUCGAUGCUUGACGAGCUAAAAUUCUGUUACUCUAAAUUUCUCGGUCACAAGGCAGAGCGUGACGAGGCAAACGAGGCGUCAGAUGCGCUCGUGGAAAUCCUCCUCAGCUUCUCGUCGAAACAAUCGCAACUAUUCCGUCGGAUGAGUGAACAAGUGUUUGGCGCUUUUGCGGAUCAGGUUACUGCGACUGGUCUUCAAUCUUUGAUUGAUGUGCUUGAAGCUAAGGACACGCUCGCUGGCCAAGAGGAAAUGUUUGAGAGUCAAGAAGUUGGCAGUGAUAUAGAAAUGGUUGAUGCUCAAAACUCCGAUGAUGAUGAUGAUGAUGACGAAGACGAGGAUGAUGUUGAAGUAAUCAGCCAGGCCUCCGAGGACGACAGCGAGGACGAAUCAGAAGAGUCGGAAGAGGAAGACGAUGAUGAACUGCAGGCCUUCGAAGCGAAGCUUGCUUCAGCAUUAGGUACCCACCGAGCCGACAAGGACAUUGAUGCCACCUCUGACUCUGAGGAUGCCUCCAUGGAUGACGACGAAAUGGAAGCCCUCGACGACCAAAUCGCAAAAGUCUUCCGCGCCCGUAAACAAGUCUACAGCAAAAAGAAAGAGCAAAAAGACGCAAAGGAGACCAUGCUGAAUUUCAAAAACCGCGUGCUCGACCUGCUCGAAAUUUAUGUGAAGAAGUGCCAUUCCAACAUCCUCGCCCUGGACCUUCUUAUGCCGCUAUUACAACUCAGCCGCAAGUCAAGGACCAAACAGAUCGCUGCUCGCGCCAGCAAUGUGCUCAGAGAAUAUACGAAACAAUGCAAGGGAGCGGCUAGCAUCCCCUCCAUUGAAUCUGCGGAGCCGGUCUGGGAGCUAUUGAAAGCUGUGCAUCAGGAAGCUACGCAUAGCGCGCCGGCUGCUCACGCGUCGUCCUGUAGCCAGGCGAGUUUGCUGCUGGUGAAGAUUCUUGUGGCACAUGAUAAGGAGAGUUUGUCCGGUAUUGUCGAUAUUUAUGCCGAGACGCGCAAGAAGCAGCUUACCAGCAAGAAGUGUCAUGUCCAGCCGUCGUUCUUCUCGGAUUGGAAUAACUGGUGUGUUUCUGCGAGCAAGCAGAUGAAGGAGUAGGAGCCGGUCGGUUGGAUCCAUAAUGAAUGCCGGAGGAGGGAAGGCAUAUAUCUUAGCCUCUCCGUAUCCAUUCUGUUUUCCCGGUGGCUACUCGCCUUGCAUUGUUUCAUCUACCGCCUUUCUUGCUUCCGUUUCUAAUAUCGAGUAGAUUUCCUGUUUCCUGUCAUAUUGAACUUUGCACCCCCCGAAAACUCAAUUCCACUCGAAAUACAUUUGUCCCAAUCCUGCCCCAUAAUUUUAUACCGAACACCCUUCCAAAGACAAGACUUGACUUGAAUAUACCCGGCAAUAUCUCAAGCGUUGGUUGAACUUCACCUUAACCUGCGCCUUCAAUUAAAUAUUUCCCCUAGUUACCUCUGAAUAGAUUCUAUUAUUCUCCACAACGGAAGAAAGCAGCCAGAACAUGACAUCAAAAAAUAAAAAAGGGGGUGGGUGAGAGUCAAAACCAUCAAACCGCCCCCCCCCCCCCCCCG